AUGAGUACGACCGUUGAGUUCCUGGCUGAAUUUAAUCCCGAGAUUCCGUCGCUACUUCCUCUCGAUAAGGUUUACCUGAUCCAAGUUGGGGGAAAGCUUUUCAAAUUGAGUGGAGCUUCACUUUCAUCCGAUGGGCCUUCCCACUUCACAGACUUUUUCCAACAACCAGAGAAUCUGGAUAAGAUUCUUUGUAUAGACAGAAACCCGGAUGUGUUCAAUUUGAUCUAUAUGCAUUUGCAAGGGUACCAAAUCAACGUGGAGAAUGAUUACCAAUUUGUUCAUUUGUACCUGGAUAGUUACUACUACAGUCUUCGAAGACUUCAACGAUUUCUUGCGGAAGAUGAUCUAUUUGCAACUGUGGGGAAUGUUUCGUUCAAGAUUGCCAGGACAUUGUUCACCAGUACGGGGAAUUUCCCCAAUUAUUUCACCAUCAGUUACAAUUCCAUGUUGACUAAUAACUUUGAAAUCAUUCAAAUAAAAAAUAUGAUACGACCACCUCCACAGAAACCGGUCACAGUACCCAAUAGAUCCCCUAAGUUAUUCAAUGAUUUGUUAGAGUUGUUGAAAAGAAAUCCUCUUGUUAUCGAAAAUGAAGAGCAUAGAUCUCUUCUUAUCAGAGAGUGUAAGUACUAUCGAUUUGCCGAAUUGGAACAACAAAUCAUCAAGUACAAGAUUGUGAACAACCCGUUCAGUCCGGAUAACAAGCAAGAAAUUAUCAUUGGACUUAAAGAUAUCAGUCCCAAGGGACUCAUCAACGAACAGCCAAUCGAUAUAAAACAUGAGGUUGCCUUACAAUACCAACGACCAUGCAUAGCAAGGGAACCCAAACGUACACUUAUUUUCCAGCUUGAUUCAACCAGUUGUGAAAUCUUCAAUAAGGAUUACUCUGAAGUGAAGUUAAUUCUCAACAAGUCCACCAAAUUAAUGAUAUUACAGAUUUCAAAUAAACUUUGUUUGAAAUAUGUUCUGUUGUUCAAGACUCUUAACGAAGAAAUCGUCGCACACACACUGGACUGUGGAGCCCCACAGAUCAGUGUCUUGGUUGGAUUAAGAGACUCGAAGGCGAAAAUCAAUGGGAUGGAUAUGAAAAAGGACUGGGUGAACGACUUAUUGGGCCCACCCGUCAAUGACGCAACAGACGAUCAAAAUAAUGCGAAAAGAAGAAGAACAGAUAUAGUAGGGGAUAUUAUAGAAUUCAAGCUCACUAGAUCUUUGUGGCGAGUCAUGAUGAGAGGGAAGAACAUUAGACUUCACGCAGUCUCGUUCGAAGGGUUAACUGACCAAAGUUCAUUUAUUAGACAAGAAAUUGAUUUCCUUUAAGCAGUGGGAUGAAGAUUUGUAUAAAUACAAAGUAUUCAAAUUAGGUUAUUCCUCUCUCAUCGAAAAAAAUAAUGUAUUCAAAUUUAAAAAACAUCUUUAUCUAUUU